CGUCAACUGUCAACACAAACGUCAACUUAAACAAUUUGGCAACAAGUCCGGUGAUUGUUGGAAAUAUUAAUAUUUCCAAGGAAUUAUCAAUUGAUUUUCAUAUUAAAAUGUCGGAAAAUGGGUACCACGAUGCGUAAGAAAACUCAAGUGUCGUUUGUUAUUCGUGACGAAGAAGAAAGGAAGCAUAAAAACGGUGUAAGCUCAUUGCAGCUCGAUCCCGUCCAGGGAAGGCUAUAUUCAGCCGGCAGAGAUGGAAUUAUUAGGGUAUGGAACACUGCGACAGGCGUACAAGAUAGAUACAUUCAAAGCAUGGAACACCACACCGAUUGGGUUAACGAUAUAGUGCUGUGCUGCGGCGGUAAAAAUCUUAUUAGUGCAUCUUCUGAUACAACCGUAAAGGUAUGGAACGCCCCGAAGGGCUUUUGCAUGUCGACUUUACGAACUCACAAAGACUACGUACGGACUCUAGCAUACGCUAAAGAUAAGGAACAGGUGGCUAGUGCUGGCUUAGACCGAGCUAUCUUCCUGUGGGACGUGAACACUUUGACUGCAUUAACUGCCAGUAAUAACACAGUUACGACGUCAAGUCUCGUCGGCAACAAAGAAUCAAUAUACAGCUUAGCCAUGAAUCCACCAGGCACAGUUCUUGUUAGUGGUUCUACAGAGAAAGUCCUCAGGGUUUGGGACCCUCGUAAUUGCUCUAGACUUAUGAAGUUGAAAGGGCAUUGUGAUAAUGUUAAAGCACUGGUCGUAAGCCGAGAUGGAACUCAAUGUGUCUCAGGAAGUUCGGACGGCACAAUAAAAUUGUGGUCUGUGUCACAGCAAAGGUGUGUUUCGACAAUCCGAGUCCACUCAGAGGCGGUAUGGGCAUUAAUAGCUACCGAUACCUUUUCUCAUGUCAUAUCUGGAGGCCGCGAUCGCCUAGUCAUUAUAACGGAACUACGGAAUCCAGAAAACUUUAUGAUUGUCUGCGAGGAGACAAGUCCCAUUCUCAAAUUAUGCUUUACAGCUGACCAGCAAGGAAUAUGGGUGUCGACGUCUGAUUCAGAUGUUCGUUGCUGGAAACUACCGCCAUUAUCAACAUUGACUUCAGAGACAUACGACCAGAACAGUUACAACACUAAUAAUGUCUAUCAAAGAAUGCCAUUACAUAACAUUCCUGGUGGACCUGCAAUAAGGCAUUUCACAGUAUUGAAUGAUAAAAGACAUGUCAUAACAAAAGACUCUGCUAAUAAUAUAGCUUUAUUUGAUGUUUUGAAAGCGUGUAAACUUGAGGACUUGGGUCAAGUAGACUAUGAGGAAGAAGUGAAGAAAAGGUUCAAGAUGGUGUAUGUACCAAAUUGGUUUAAUGUUGAUUUGAAGACUGGAAUGCUGACUAUACAUCUGGGCCAGGAUGAAACAGAUUGCCUGAGCGCUUGGGUCAGUGCCAAAGAAGCUGGAUUGACUAUAGAAAACGAUCAGAAAGUUAACUUCGGUGCUUUACUCCUGCAAGCUCUGUUGGAGCAUUGGAACCAUCGAAACCGAGUGAAUGAGGCGGGUCAGAGGGUGGUCGGAAACAAUUACUUUAGUGUACCUUUACACACUCCUCUUAUUUUCAGUGAAGUCGGAGGAAGAACACUAUAUAGGUUACAGGUAGGUGAUGCAGGCGGUGAGACUGAAGGAAACCUGCUCGGAGAGACGGUACCCUCGUGGGUUGAGGAUGUCGCAAUAGAAUUAGCUGCUCCCAAGCUAAACAAGCUGCCGUUUUAUUUACUCCCACAUUCUAGCUGUCAGAGCAAGCAGGAUCGACAGAAGAAGGAUCGUCUGGUUGCCAAUGAUUUCAUACAAUGCCGCAAGAUUGCCGAACAUGUCGUGGAAAAAAUAGUGGGCGGUGGGGAUGUGAAUGGGGCCAGUGCGGGAAGCGGAAAGGGGAGUGCUAAUGAGGACAGCGGAAACGAUGGCUCCCCUGAGGAAAAAGUUGAGCUGCUGUGUUGCGAUCAGGUUCUGGACCCAAAUAUGGACCUAAGAACGGUCCGCCAUUUCAUUUGGAAGUCCAACGUCGAGUUCACGCUACACUAUCGUAUAUUAAAACAAUGAAAUACGCAUAACUUCAGCGAGUGCAGAACGCAACUAAAGAAGUGCCUAAUGUUUCGUUGUGUGCUUGAAUAAUGCGCGAAACGAGGUCGCUUUGUGGUCACACUGAAACGUCAAAUCUGUCAUCUGUCAACGUCAACGCUAGAAAUGUCAGUUGGCGAAACGUCAGAU